CACAAUCUCAGCAAGCAGGCGAGGAUUUCUUCCCCUUCUUUCUGCCUCGCAGGUGUCGUUUCUUCAGCCUCUCUUCAUUCAUCAUCCCACUGCUCUCACUCCUCACCCAAAAAUCUGCUCUCAAAAUCCCCAUGGCCGCAUCUAUCACAUUCUCUCGGCUCCUCUCAACCACCGCCACAUCUCGGCUCCCUCCCCAAGCAUUUUCCUCCGCCCUCUCUUCUAAAUUCUCUAUUACCCCUUCAUCCCUCAGAUUCAACCAUCGCCGCCCUAUUUCCCUCCCACUCUCUGCUUCUUUCACUGCUAAAUCCGCCAUUUCCGCCACCAUCUCCGUCGGCGACAAGCUCCCCGAAGCCACCUUUUCCUUCCUCGACCCUGCGGGAGAAGUUAAAACCGUCACCGUUUCCGAACUCACCAAGGGCAAGAAGGCCAUUUUUUUUGCUGUCCCAGGCGCCUUCACCCCAACCUGUUCGCAGAAGCACGUUCCGGGCUUCGUCGAGAAAUCAUCCGAGCUCAAAUCGAAAGGCGUCGACACGAUCGCCUGCAUUUCGGUCAACGACGCCUUCGUGAUGAAGGCGUGGAAAGAAAACUUGAAGGUCAACGACGAGGUGCUUCUCUUGUCCGACGGCAACGGGACUUUCACCAAGGCGAUUGGGUGCGAGCUCGAUUUGAGCGAUAAGCCUGUUGGACUGGGUGUGCGGUCCAGGCGGUACGCUCUUCUGGCUGAGGAUGGUGUUGUGAAGGUCUUGAACUUGGAGGAAGGCGGUGCGUUCACAUUCAGUGGUGCAGAGGAUAUGCUGAAAGUGCUCUAAAAUCUAAAACCAUGGUGAGCUAGGCCUUGAUUAGUUUUUAGCUUUGCGGAUUAUGGUAUUCCAGUAUGAGAUUACUGUUUGCAGUUGGCUCAGUGAAUGAGCCUAAAUAUGGUGAAUAAACAGACCCAGUCUUGGUGUUCUCGCGAAUAAUAACAGGAAAAGUGUUUUGUUGUGAUUUGUGAUUUCGUAUAUAUGCUUCAUCCACUUACAAAAAGGAGAUGAAAAGGAAGGAAUAUAACAGUUUACGCGCAAAUGGUCAAGUGUAUGAUUUGAUAGAAGUGCGUUUAUAAUUGUGAGGCACUGAAUUUAUAGUGAUCAUGUUUAAGUUGUGUGGCAAAUUUGUGCAAAAUCGAGAAUUAUUCAAACAAAGCU